AUGACGCAGGCUCAGAAUUACAUCGUUCCUCCAGGCUCUAAAGUCCUCGUGACUGGAGCAAAUGGUUACAUUGCCUCACACAUCGUCAAGGUUCUAUUAGAUCUUGGAUACCUAGUCCGAGGCACGGUACGCACUCCAAUGCCAUGGCUGACUGAGUAUUUCGAGAAACAAUGCGGCUUGGGGCGUUUUGAACUCAUAGUGGUUUCGGACUUCCAGCAGUCCGAUGCCUUUGACGAGAGCGUGAAUGGUGUAUCGGGAGUUAUUCAUGUUGCUCAAGGCUUACCUUCUAGCACUGCUGCGGAAACCGUAGAAAGCGCAACAGCAUACACUGUGAAUGGAGUCGUCAAUCUUCUCAAAGCGGCAUCGACGGAGCCCACAAUUAAGCGAGUUGUUCUCACUUCUUCUAUCGUAGCGGCCGGCUACCCCACCGGAAAAGGGUUCAAGUUAGAUGUUGACUCAUGGGACAGAAGCCUCGAACAGGCAUCCGAAGAUGGAACAACUGUGCCCAUAUAUCGAGCAUGUAAGAUCGAAGGGGAGAGACAGGCGUGGAAAUGGGUUGAGAAGAACCAGCCACACUUUGAGCUCAACUCCGUUCUUCCGUGGCUUACAUUGGGUAAAAUUCUCCAUCCGAACAUUGGUGGUUCAACUAUGGGAUAUGUCUCCGGACUGCUCAAAGGAGAUACCACGCCAUUCAAAUUUCUUCCGCUGCCUUGGUUUGUGGACGUGGAAGACACUGCUCGUCUACACGCCAUAGCUCUGAUCAGUCCUAGCGUGCGUUCCGAGCGUCUCUUCGCCGCGGCAACCCCAUUUAUAUGGGGGGACGUUAUUGAGGUCCUCAAAAGAAUUCAGCCCAACAAUGCUCGUAUCCCAGCUGCUCCUGUACAGGAAGAGCCGACGCUUGGAGAUGUCAUCCCGGCAGCAAGAGCCGAGAAGUUACUGCGUGAAACUUUUGGGCAGCGCGGGUGGACACCACUGGAAGUCAGCCUGGAGGGUGGUAUCGCAAGGGUGUAA